AUGGCCCAACAACCUACGGAUAAUGUUAUGCGGAGGAAACUGGUGAUUAUAGGUGAUGGUGCUUGUGGAAAAACAAGUUUGCUAAGUGUCUUUACUCUUGGUUACUUUCCAACACAUUAUGUGCCUACGGUAUUCGAGAAUUAUGUCACCGAUUGCAGAGUGGACGGGCGAUCAGUGCAAUUGGCAUUAUGGGACACGGCUGGACAAGAAGACUACGAGCGACUACGGCCUUUGGCAUACUCCAAAGCGCAUGUACUACUGAUAGGUUUUGCCGUCGACACGCCCGACUCGUUAGACAACGUGAAAACCAAAUGGAUCGAAGAAGCCAACGAGCGCUGCCCCGGUGUACCGAUUAUCCUGGUCGGCUUGAAGAAAGAUCUUCGGGACGACCCAGUUGCGAUUGAGGAAAUGAGGAAAAAAUCACUCCGAUUCCUAACACCAAAGGAAGGCAAUGAAGCCGCCGCCCAAAUUGGCGCUCGCAAAUAUCUCGAAUGUUCCUCGUUGACGGGAGAGGGGGUGGACGACGUUUUCGAAGCUGCAACUCGAGCGGCGCUCCUCACAUUCGAAAAGGAACACAACUCCUGCUGCGUUGUGCUAUGA